GAGUUCAACCUGGAGCUGUUCCGGGGUGUGGGUCCACUGUACGUGUGCCGAGCCACCAUUCCCCCUGCUGCCGAUCUCAUGGAGUUGCUCCGUCUGUGUGGGGGUACCGUUGUCAGCUCUGCCCGCACCGCACGUAUCGUCAUCGGCUCAUCCUCGCCUCUGUCCCCUAACGGCCGCCGGCCACCACUUGUUGUCAGUGAGAAAUGGAUCCUUGACUCUAUCACCAAGCUCACACAGCUGAAUCCAUAUGACUACAUCGUCGGUGACUCAGAACCUUGAGUACAUUUGGAUCACAUUGGGGACAAGAUUUACAGGUAGAGUGAUGUUGGAGUGAAUGGUACUGGUUAGAAAUUAGCUGUAGUGGUGUGAUGAAGUUUCUGUUAAACUUAAGGUUAUAUUGAUCUUGUUAAAUUAUUUUUAAGUUUUAUUCAACUUUUUCUCGUUAAUCGUACAAAAACUGGGUAGUAAAUGAAAUCUUUAGUGAUAAUUACUUGAUAUUUUUAAUUUGUUGAAACUAAUCAAAAUUACAUUAAUUUUAAUACAAUACGUAAUAAAAAAUGCAUUCACAUUACAAAUUU